AUGGGUUUGACUUGGCAGGACGACAUUACUCAGCAGGUCAUCUCCAGAGAGCUCUCCAAACUGAGAAGUAUCCCCCUCCGCCAGCAGAACUCACCUCCGAGCCGCCUGGCGACAUACGGCAGCUCUAAAACCAGAAAACCAAAGCCCGCGCAGGCUGAGCUGAGCACGAACUUUCAGCAGUAUCUGGAGGGACUGGGCUUUUUGCCGCAGACUGAGCUACAACAUACAGGCGACCAGCGAGAUGGAGGCAAGACCCAGAAUGAAGAUAUCAAGCCUGAUAGUGCAUCUAGACCAAAACCAAAGCAGGGCUGGAAGGAGACGACCAUCUACAGCCUUCAGAAAGGAGCUGGCCAGCCUCCAGUCACCAAAGUCAUCACCAAAAGUGGAGAGGGCAAGCACCCCAAGCUCGGUACGUCCUACUCCAGCCAGGACAAGAGCAAGCUCGUCUCUAACCAUCUGGAGCAGCUUCUUUCCGGGGCUUCGGGCACUCAGCAGGGCAUUUCAGGUGGUGAGGAUGGGUGGCCCAAAGGGAAGCUCCACUACCUCAGCUACAUGCAGCCAGCUCAGAGCAAUCAUGCAGAGCCACAGGCUGCUUUUGGCUCCAAAGCUGCACAGCCUGAUCUCAACAGACUGCUCUUCAAGGCUGGCUCGAACCGACUCACGGCAAAAGAGCCUCUUAGCGCCGUUGAUGAUCGAUUCUUGCAGAAUGCGGUGAACCAGCUGGGCAGGCACAGCGUUAACAUGGAGGCUUUGAUGGGCAAAGACCUGGACCAUCUGGCUGAAAUCAUCACAGGAGCACUGCAGGAGGUCGAUGUGGAGCCAGGACCAGGAGUCGCUACCUCCAGGGGGGAGAUGAAGGGUAACCAUGAGCCACUGGCAGCAACGCUUCUGAAUCAAGACCAGGACCUGAAAUCAUAUAAAGAGCAGAAUCUAAAGGAAAUGCUGAAAGUAAAGCAACAAGGCCAACAAACAGACGGUGCCGACAAAGAGACCGUUGACAAGUAUGCAGUCUUCUUUUCCAAGCUACUGGACUACCUCAACAUGGAGCCAUUUGGUGACGCUCCAAGAGUCAACAGUGGCCCAACGUCUCCCCUUCAGAAAGUAGUUGGACUAGAGAACGUCCACAGUAAGACAAUGCUGGGCCAAGUUCCAGUUCCCCACCUCUCUGAGGAGAAAAUCAUGACCAUCCCUGCAAAGGAAGGGUCCACCCUGCGGUUGAGCAGUGGACCAGAUGGGUCAGAUGCCCGGGUGGAAUCUGAGACUGACAGGUGGAUGCAGGCGGAUCAGACUCUAGCAAGAAAUCAGCAGCCAGAGGAGCCACAGAAGAAGGACAUGAAGAUCAAAACCCAGCUGCUCCACAUAGGAGUCAAGGAGUUUUCCAGCAGAGGGAAGGACAGACACUUUGGCUACAUCAUCACUGGCUCAGA